AUGAUUACAUUUUCAUAAUCAAAGAGUCGAUUCUCUCUUUAUUAUUUAGAAGAAAGUGAGAAGUAUUUGUAAGAUCUUUCUGCAAAGGUACGACAAAUCAAUAUGAUGAAAGGUGAUGAACGGUAAAAUCAUAUAUAAUAUUUUUAAUAGAUUAGAGAGAGGAAAAGUGCAUAUUUGUUCAAGGACAUUAAUAUUCGAACCAGAGAGAUAGGAAUUACCCAUUCAGAAAUUGUUCUAUAAAAUGAUUACAACACCUUUGAAGUAAUCUAAUUGCAUCAGCUUUCGAAUUAAACGCAUAAUAGAGAUUCAUACUUAAGGACCACCUUCUCCUUAUGUUUAUUUAGAUGACAUCGAUAUGGAAAUUUAAAUUGAACCAUUAUUUGACAAUAUUAAGAUAGUAUUUGAAUUGAUAGAGAGAAUCUUACAAAUUAAUUAACAAAAACAUGAUGUUGAAGGAGAAGUUGAAAAAUUGGAUUCAGAGAAAUUGCAAAAAGUUAGAUUCAAUAUGAGUUUUGUAGAAUCUGUAAGUGAGAAACCUUUGAUUCAAAAGGAAAUGUUAGUACGUCGAAUUAUGCCAUUGAUUUAAACUAAGGGUAAUUAUUAUUGUGCAUCAUAUUAGGUAUUUUGUACAUAACUAAUAAAAUUAUUUAUUUCUAACCAUUCUUCAAAGUGACAUUAAAACCAUGUAAGAAGAUUCCAAUAGAAGAGAUAAAGAUCUUGUAUAAGAGAAGAUUUGAAUUAAUGGAUAUUGGUUUAGAAAUUAUAUUGAAUAGCGGCAAAACUAUUUAUUUUGCAUUUGAAAAUCAAGAAAGAAUGGAAGAAGUAUAUAAAGCACUUAUAGGUUAUAUUUUAUAUUUAUAUCUUUAGGUAAAGUAACUAUUGAAGCUGAAACUAGUUUAGAAAAGAUGUAAUACUUAUGGUAAAGUGGAUAAAUAUCAAAUUUUGAAUAUUUGAUGCGAUUAAAUUAAGCAGGUAAUAGAAGUACAAGUGAUUUAACUUAAUAUCCUGUCUUUCCUUUGAUUAUUGUUGAUUAUGAAUCUUCAGAAUUGGAUUUGAAUAAUCCAGCCACAUUUCGUGAUUUAAAAAAACCUAUUGGAGCUUUAAAUGAAAAGAGAUUAAAAGAAUUCUGGAAUAGAUAUUAAGAGAUGCCUGCUCCUAAAUUUCUUUAUGGAACACAUUAUUCUACUCCUGGAUAUGUGAUUGGUUAUUUGGUUAGACAGAAACCAUAAUAUAUGUUAAAAUUGUAAUCUGGAAAAUUUGAUAAACCAGAUAGAUUAUUUAAAAGUAUAAAGGGAGAUUUUAAAAACAUUAUUAAUAAUCCUACAUCACUUAAAGAAUUGAUACCUGAAUUCUUUAUGGAUGAUGAUUCAUUUUUGGUCAAUAAGUUUAAUUUGGAUCUUGGGAUUAGAUAAAAUUAAAAAAAAGUAGGUGAUGUUAAAUUACCUAAAUGGGCUAGUAAUGCUAAAGAAUAUUUGAGAUUAAAUAGAAUGGCUUUAGAAAGUGAAUAUGUUAGUAAUUAAUUGCAUCAUUGGAUUGAUUUAAUAUUUGGGUACAAAUAAAGAGGACCGAACGCUGUUGAGGCAGCUAAUAGUAAUAUAAUAAUUUAUUAUUUAUUUUAGUAUUUCAUUAUUUAACAUAUGAAGGUACAGUAUAGAUUAGUAGUUUAACAGAUCCAAUUGAAAGAUAAGCAAUUGCAUGUUAAAUAAAUGAAUUUGGAUAAUGUCCAAAAUAAUUAUUUAAGAUUGAACAUCCACCUAAAUAUGCAUUGAGAAGUGGAUAAAUGAUAUACAAAUCAGUUGAAUAGAUUAAAUAAUAAAAUGAGGAAGAGAUUCCAAUUAAUGUGGAAGGAUUAAUUUGGGAGAAUUUGGAUAAGAAAGAUUAAUUUACAAAUAAAGUUAUUUCCAAGGCACAUAAAACGUAUUUACUUAAUAUAUAAAAAGUAAUAUCACUGAUAUGGUAGUGUUAGAAAAGAAAAAUCUAUUAGUUACAAUAGGUUAAGAUGGUUUUUUAAAAGUUAUUGAUUUAAAAGAAUUUACUGUUUUAAAAUCUUUUAAAGUAGAUGAAUUUUGUUUAAGUGUGAUAGUUGUAUUAAAAUAAGAUGAAAUAUUUGCAAUUGGAAGUUGGGGAUCAUAAAUACAUGUUUUUAAUAUAAAUUAUGGAAGCAAAGUAUAAGUUGUUUAAAGAUUUAAUAAUUCUGUCAGUUCUCUUGUUUAUUUAUAAAAGAAGAAAAUAUUGAUAACAGGAUCAUGGGAUUGUUCAUUAAAAAAAUUUGAAUGUUCAGAAAAUUAAAUUAAAUAAGAUACUGAAGAAAUGAUUGAUGAUUGGGAAGCUUAGAUUACUCAUAUUGCUGCUACUGAUGAUGAAUCUAUGAUUGCAGUUGGAGAUGUUGAUGGUAAAGUAAUUACAAUAAGUACCAGUAAUUGGACAUAAUAGAAUCAAUUUGAAAUUAAUGGAGAGAAAAUAGUUAAAUUACUAUUUUUUAAAACAAGUUUGCUUGUAGUAGGUGAUACAUAAAUUAAGAUGUUCAACAAUACUAGUUAAUUAUUGGAUUUUAAAAUAGAUAAAAAUAAUGGAAUUAUAACUGAUGUAUUAAUAGAUCGUGAGAAAUAUCUUGUUGUUAGUAAUAAUAUCUUAUAAUCUAUUAAGGUACCAAAAAAGGAUAUGUUGCAAUAUUUUCUAUGUUAUUAGAGAGUAAAUUAGGACAUCUAUUCACAGAUUAUUAGACUUAACCAGAUUUGAUGGUAAAUUAAGAUUAGUAAUUUACAAAAAUGUCAUUAUAAGAUAAAGCAUUAGUGUUGGCAAGUUAGAAUGGUAGUGUCAACAUAUUACAAUAUUGA